AUGAGAUUCACAUUUGUGGCAGCCCUAGGCUUGGUGGCCAGCGUCUUCGCGACGCCCCUUGCCAAGCCCUUCGACACCCAUCCUGAGAAGCGGCAGCUCGAGUCGCAGGCCUCGGUCAUUGAGACGCUGCGUCAGGAAGUCAUCAGCCAGACCACGAUCAUCAACGCAUCACUGGCCGAUGCGUCCGAGGACCCCGGCCAAGCAGAAGUUAGUGCCCUCGCGGGGGUCAUCAACCCGGCCCUGGAGGCCAUCACCGCCGCCAUCGGCUCCGCCACGAGCAACGUCAACAGCGGUCGUCGUCUCCAGCGCCAGGAAGACGGGGAGGAAGAAGAGUCUUGCGAUGCGCAGUGCCUGACGGAGAGGGUGCUCGAGGUCGUGUACGAGAUUGUCAGCACCGUGCGGGCCGUCAUUGAGCGCAUUGGUCUCGGCCCCGUGCUGCUGCGCGUCAACCCGCUGCUGCUGGCCCUCAGCGCGUUGGUGCUGGCGCUGAAUGUGCUUGUCACCGGCCUGUUGGUCACUGUCACUGCUGUCGUCACGACGGUUCUGGGUGGUCUCGGUCUCGGGCUGCUGCUUUUGGGGUGGGGCUAG